AUGAAAAAUAAUGAAUAAAUUAGCUUUGAAAAUGUUGCACUAAAAACAAGCCCUGAAAAUGAAACUGUUGUUGAACUUGAGUUUCAAUAAACACAAUCUGAAACGUAGUUGGAUUAGAUUUUGGAAGAGUAAAGGUUUAAUGAGAUGUUGAAACAAUGUGAACAAAAAAGAAUAGAAAAAUUGUAGAGGUAUUUGAUUAAUAAUCUAUAAAAAAUAAUUUCAGAAUACCUAAAGAAUUUUAGGAUAGAUUACCUACAAUAAGAGAAAUUGCUGAUAUUUCUAACUCAAUAUACUGAAUAAUCUAACACUUUGGUUUGCAAUGAUAAUGAAAAAUUGAAAAAAAUCAAACAAAGAACACAGAAAUGGAAUAAAUUUGAGCAAUAACUUGUGUAUUAUUCUAGCAUUAAUAUUUCACAAUAUUAUGUCGACAAAUCAAUUGAUUGUAGAUGGAAACUUUUAUUUACCUAUUACAUAAUAAUUAUCGGAACAAAUAUCACUUUAAAUUUGAUUGAAUUAAUUAGAUAUUAAUAAAGCUUUUGUAGAUUAUAGGGAUUGGAUCACUCGCUCAUUUAUAUUAAUUAAAUUGCUUACAUUGCAUGCAAAGUUGGAAUAUUGAACAUCAUCUAUUAAGAAUUUACAAAUACUUUACCCAUCAAAGUCAAAGUUCCCUUAUUGAACCAAGUUGUAUUUAGUUGCAUAUUUCCAAUUUUAUCCAUGCCACUUUAUAUCUUUGAUUUUGUCCAAUGUCAAUACAGGAUUAAAAUAUUUACCCUUGAUUAAAGUCUCAAGCUCUUGAAUUUAAUAGACUGGCUAAUUCUGUCCUUAUUUAUCCUAAUAAUAAUAAUUUAAUCCUGCUGCAGGAUCUAAAUUUCAAGUCAAGCGUUGUAAAAAGUCAUGUAAGAAUUGCAUAUAUAAUAGGAAAUACAUGAAGAUAGCUUAUUACAUUUCCUUAAUUAUUGGUAAUCUUUUGAAAAUAUUAUGCCUGCGAUGAUAAUGGAGAACUAUUACUUCAUAUUUUCAGUAGUAUUGAUGUGCUACUUGUCUAUAUAAAAAUAUUUCUUUCACAAAAUACCAUUUUAAUAGAACUCUUAAGAUAUAGAAAACCAUAAAAAUCCAAGGUCUAUAAAAUCAUGA